AAUAAUAUCAAUAUUAAACAUCACAGUAAUAAUUGUUUUGACAAAAUUUACGUCAAACGUAAAUAAAAAAUCUGGAUUUUUUGUUGCUUACAAUCUUCAGCUAUGAAUACAAUGAAACAGAGACCAAGAUGUUAUUCAUUUAAACCCCACACAAAUCCUCGUAGAUACACAAAAACAACUCAACAAAUAUCCAAACGGAAUAUAACAGAACGAAAAAAACGGAAAACCUCGAAAUCUUCAUUAAAAACGAACACAUUUUCUAGUGAAGGUAUUUUAGAAGUAAUCAAAUGCAUUUCAAAAGCUACACAAUUACCAAGCGGCUCAAUUUCUCUUCCAAAUACUUUCCAAAUUAUUAAAAAAGAUUAUCAAAAGUCAAUGAGCAGUUUUGAUUCGGUUAUUGAUUUAACGCAAAGUGAAACGGAUUUAUUUGCAACAACUGGUAUUGAUCGUGGUUCUUCUUCAACUGGAGAUAACAAUAUAUCGUCGAAAAGUAAAGCGAUUUUAACGAUUUAUCCACCAAAACCGCUGAAUUUAUUUUCAUGCCCAUCAGAUGAACUUUGUGUGUUUUCACAAGAUUUUUACGAAAAAUUAUCUAGAAAGAAAAGUAGGAGUACAUCACAUCUCAAUUCUUCUGAUUUACAAGUUCGAUCAAAACGAUCGACGAGUAUCGAAACUGAUUCAGAAAGUUUCGACGACGUUUGGAAAUUAAAACGAACAUUUCCGAUAGGAAAUUUUAAUAAAAUAGAAAAUUACAUUGAUUUAACAACGGAUGAAGUUAAAAAAGAAAACGAUGGAACUUCGAAUCUUGAUGAAGAUAUGAAAUCCUUAAAAGUAUCUCAAUAUGAAUAAGACGAAAAAUGGAGUUUAAAAUUUUUGUGGGUAGCAAUUUAUUUAUUUUUUAAAUUGAUUUGUGUAAAAGGAAAUCUUGUAACUUGGUAAACUUGAAAGCGCUUUUUUUAUUUAAACGAAUAAAUUAUUAUAAAUAAUUUAAUAAA